AUGCAACUGUUGGCCGAGGGCGCGAAAUCGCUGGGGAUCCAACUGUCGAAGGGACAGCUGGACCAGUUUGAGCUGUACUACCGCGAACUGGCUGAGUGGAAUGGGAGAAGCAACCUGACCUCAUUGAUCGGCUACGAGGAGGUGCAGGUCCGGCAUUUCCUGGAUUCCCUUACCGUCUGCCUGCCGUACGGCGGUCAGGCAGGCCUCGGGGUCUGCGCUCUCCCUGGUGUAAACCGGGUGGUGGACAUCGGCGCCGGCGCCGGUUUUCCGGGUUUGCCUCUGAAGCUCGCCUUCCCCUCCGUUGAGCUGCACCUCAUAGAGUCGGUUGGCAAGAAGACGGCGUUUCUGGAUCACUUGGUUGGCUCGCUGGGGCUGGCGGGCGUCAACAUCCACACCGGCCGGGCCGAAGCGCUGGCGCGCCUGCCGGAGCUGAGGGAGUCAUUCGACCUGGGCGCUGUGGGAGGCCAUACGGUCGCCCACAAGCACGGUGGGCUGGAUGCCGAACUGACGGAGGCAGAGUUCGCUCUCUCGGAGCUUGGGGGACGAACAACUGGUGUAUUCCCAGUCACUCUGGAGGGGUUGACCGACGACCGGGUGGUAGUGCAAUUCGAAAAAGCCGCUCCAACACCAGAACGCUACCCCAGGCGUGUCGGGAUCCCCGCGAAACGGCCCCUCUGA